AUGGCGCAACACCAAGGCGACGAGAAAUCGAUGAUGGACAAAGUCAAAGACUCGCUCCACGCUGGCUACGAAAGCACGUCGGAUCAAUUUCAAAAGUUCAAGAGCAGCUUUGAGGGGCAAGAUGAAAAGACCCCUUCCAAAGCCACCCAGUUCUUUGAGUCUGUGAAGGGGCACCCUCCGUCGGAAGCCCAGGACACGCUCGAACAAGUCGGGACCGAAGCUCAAGACAGAAAAGGGCACGACGAAGGCUGCAAAGCUGGAGCCGACUGCGCGUGCCCUUCCGCUCCCGCGGAAAUCCGCAUGCAAUCGACGGACCAGCAAAAGGGCAGCAGCACUGCCUAG